GUGUCUUUAACGUCUCAGUGCGAAAAUGAGUGCUUUAAUUAGUAUAGAAACGCUAAUUAUAACGGCAGUUCUUCUCUUACUCUACGCCAGUUGGCGCUUGCGCCAAAAGCAAAAAUACUAUCGCAAUGUAACUUCAAAGUUGCCUACCAUUGGUGGUCUACCGUUUAUUGGGCAAUCCUAUCAUUUGUUUAAUGUGGAUACAUUGCUCGGUAAAAUCAGUGCCGGCUUUGAGAGCAUGAAGACAUCGACGGCUUGCAUAUGGAUGGCAACAACGCCAUACGUGCUUACCAUCGAUCCUGAAAUUAUCAAGCAUGUCACCACCUCGCCUGAGUUCCUCAACAAAGCCAGAGAUUUGUAUACACACUUUGAUAAUGGUGUACUCAAUGGCAUCAUCGUAAGUCCAGUAAAUAAAUGGAAAACAAAUCGCAAGGCUAUCAGUCCUUUCCUUGCACAUACUAAUAUUUUGGGUUUGUUUCCUUACUUCAAUGAGAAUGCAGUCAGUGUGAAGAACAAGCUUGAAAGAUUGGCUGGGCUAGGUGAACAAGAUAUUUAUACAAGUAUCAAAGAAUGUGGCCUACAGCUGAGUCUUCUAACUAUUAUGGGUGUAAAGAUAGAAGAAGACAGUGUGAAGUACAAGGAACUCCUUACGGCAUUUACUGACUUUCUAGAUCACAUGUCCAAAACCAUCGUACUCAAUUCGUUUGGCCUAGGCUUUCUAUCCAAUACUCCACAUUAUAAAAGAACAGUUAAAUACUUGCAAGCGUUAGUCCGAACCCUGAUAAAGGAAAAUCUUGCUGAAAAUGUUGAGUCAGAGGCCAUAAGCUAUUUUGAAGAGAACAGAUACUCGAUGAUUCAUUUGGCGCUAAAAGCACUGCAGAAGAAAGUAUUUAGCAAAAAGGAUGUGGAAAUUGAGUGUUUCACAAUGUUGGCUGCGUCUUACGAGACCUCCGUUACUGUUUCACACCCGAUUUUAUCGCAUAGCAAUUAA